GGAGCCGCCGGACCUGGGAGGGAGGGCGGACUCCAUUUUGAAGCGGCUCUGAGGCGCCUCUGCCUGGUUCUCUCCCAGAACGGCGUCCGGGGCUGAAGGAAGGAAGAACCAUGGUGGAGCUCGUACGCUGACUCCCGGCGGGGGAAAGAACCUGGGACUGGAGGGCGAAAGGGCGUCGGGGGCUGAAUGCGGGGCCGCUGGGUCGGUAGCGACGAGGCGCUGCUGCGGCUCUGGUGCUCGUUGCUGCGGCAGCGGCGGAGUGGAGCGGUCGCCUCCCUUCGCUUCAGCCCCCGAUCUGCCUCCUCCGGCCCUUCCGACCUCCGAGAAGGGAGACCCGCCGCCGCCGCCGCCGCGGAGAGAUGAAGAACAUUGAAGCUGAAGAACAGAUGAGCAGCUGGCUCUUCAAACAGCUUAAACUCCAUUUGGAUCAGGAAUGGAAAUACCAACCCAGGGAAAAGGGGCUAAGUCUGAUUGAGUGCACUAUUGAGAAUGAAAAUACCUUAUGCCCAAGACUUAGGAACGCAAAAGUGGAAGAUCUCUGGAGUUUGGUCAACUUCUUUGGAUUUGCCACAGAAACCUUUGUCCUGGCUGUCAACAUUCUUGACAGGUUUUUGGCACUCAUGAAGGUGAAACCUAAGCAUUUAUCCUGCAUUGGAGUCUGUUGUUUCCAGCUGGCUGCUCAACAGGUUGAGGAGGAAGGCAACAUCCCAUCUCUGCAUGAUGUCAUCCGAAUUAGCCAAUGCAAAUGCACCGUUUCUGAUCUCAAGCGGAUGGAAAAAAUAAUAUCAGAAAAACUGCACUUUGACUUCAAAGCAACUACUGCCUUAACUUUUUUGCACUUAUACCAUACUAUUGUACUCUGCCAUACCUCAGAAAGGAAAGAGCUGUUGAAUCUCGACAAACUGGAAGCACAACUUAAAGCUUGUAACUGCCGACUUGUUUUUUCAAAAGCAAAACCAUCCAUUUUGGCCCUGUGCCUUCUCUCUCUGGAAGUCCAGACUCUGAAAUCCAUUGAGUUGUUUGAGAUUCUUCUGUACGUUCAGAAGCAGUCGAAGAUAAGUGACAGUGACUUACUGUAUUGGAGAGAGCUGGUCUCAAAAUGCUUAGCAGAUUAUGCUUCCCCCGCCUGUUGCAAGCCAGAUCAUAAGAAACUAGUCUGGAUUGUUUCAAGACGCACUGCCCAGAAUCUUCAAAACAGCUACUAUAGUGUUCCUGAGUUGCCCACAAUCCCAGAGGCCGGAUGCUUUGACGAAAGCGAGAGUGAGGACUCUUGUGAAGACAUGAGCUGCGGAGAAGAAAGCCUCAGCAGUUCCCCUCUGAGCGACGGAGGGGGCACCUUCUUUUUUGACCUCAAACCAAAAUCAAAGUGGCAGGCUCUUUCCUUCGAUUCCGUGUGCUAGUCUGAGCUCUUAAAACGCAUCGUAGUAUUUUUAGGCAAUAAGUAUCUGAACCAGCCCUCUCCCAACUAGGGUGCCUUCCAAGGGCUGGCUUCCACCCCCAGAAUCGCCAGACCCCCCCCCCCCCCCCCCCCCCAACCACAGUUGUUGCAGCUGAGAAUUCUGGGGGUCGAAAUCAACGCCCGCCGGAACGUGCUCCGGUUGGGAAAUGAUCUUAGCAUUCCUUGUACUUUUGGUACAAGAUCUCAUGGAGUUCACUCAAAAUGCAUAUUGUGCUUUUUUUUUUACCUUUGUAUGAUGGUAAGUCUGAUGUGGCAUGAGGGAUCAAAUGAACCAUUUCAAACCUUUGGUCGAGAAACGAUCACAGGAGCACAGAUUUGCCACCCAGAUCACAAGAGGGCUUGCCAUGGGCUGGAAUCCUCUGCUGAAAAAUAGGUUGAAUCUUGGCAGUGACCGAUUCGGUGGCUAGAGGAAAUUGCAGAGAACGUAUAUGAAUUUCUUUUCUGAAAAGGUUUUAAAUAAUGUGUUUUUGUUUGUUUGUUACGUAUUCUUUUAAAGAAAGUAUUCCUGGAGAAAUACUACCGUUUCAGGAGACUUGUUUUAAUCACAAAUGCUGUUUUUUUUUUCUUUGUUUUUUUUGGGGGGGUAGAAAUAAAUAAGCUGCUUUGUUUUUUUUAAAAAAACGCAAAACCAAUCCACAUCGAAGUGCUGAACAUAUUUAGUGUUAAGAUUUCUAAAGAUGAGCUUUCAAAUCCUCAAAUUAGGAAAUGAAAUGUUUUUAGGAAACCUUAGUGUUACUGUUUUUUUUUUGUUUUUUUUUAAACAUAUUAUUAAAAUUUAGAAAGUACUGGAUUUCAGUGUAACGUCCACGGUCCCUCCCAUUAGCUUAUUUCUUUUACAUUGUUAUUAAGUAAAUCUUAUAAUCAUUAACUUUUGCAUGCUUAAGUGAAAAUGGUUAGUGGAAAGGCAGUUGAUAAUGGAGAAGUUUUGAUAAAUGUGAAGUUGAUAAAAAACGGUUGUCAUUACAUUUAAUUGCUUGCCUUUCCUUCCCCCUGCGGCCCCCCCCCCUUUUAAAGCACAGACUUUAUGGUUGCUUUACUUUAGUUCCUUCAAAUAUAUGCAAAGUAAGCAAAAGAAGUCAUUUAGUCUGUAUUAAUAAUGUGAAGGCAAUGCUGUGGUUGAAACGAAGCGGCAAUAAAGUUAGGAUCCUUGCUUUGUGUGUUUUUUUUCUCGUGUAGGCAGAGGUGAAUGUUUUGGAUAGCGUGUGGUGUGAUCUGAUUUUUAUAAAGAAAAAAAAGUUUACAAAAAAGUGUAAAAAAUGUAAAUUAAAACCUGUAAAAAAAAACUUAAAAAACAAAAUAAGCUGAAAAAUAUUGUAUUUUUUACAGUGUACGUUCCUUUCUAUAUGUUGCAUGUAGAUAUUAAUUUAUUAUACCUUGUAUAUGAUAUAAAUAAUGUAUAUGGAAGGCGGGGUGGGGAGGGUUGGUUGGUACGACCAGAUUGUGUCAGAAUGUUUUUUUGAAAGCUAUUUUUGCUCAAAAAAAUAACUCAAGAUUAUCUCUCUGCUUCUGUUCAAUAAAACCAAAUGCUUUUUUUUUUUCUCUA